AUGGGUUUCUUUGCAGUCAGGCUGACACAUCAUUAUUUGUCUUCAAACAAUGUCUUCAAACGAGGGACCGUUAUUCUAUAUCUUCUGGUUUACGUCGAUGAUAUAAUCAUAACUGGCAACGAUAUCUCCUAUAUCCAAUCGUUUGUCAAUCGCUUGCAUAAAGAAUUUUCGGUUAAAGAUUUGGGCUCUCUUGGUUACUUCUUGGGACUUGAAGUCACUCACUCUGACACAGGUAUUUUUCUCAGUCAGGCCAAAUACGCCCAUGAUAUUUUGGCUCAGGCUGGUCUUUUGGAUGCAAAACCCGUUGCCACUCCACUCGCGUCUACUGAUCUCUUUCUUAGCACAUGUGAUGCCUUUCAUGAUCCCACUCUUUACCGCUCGUUAGUUGGGGCUCUACAGUAUCUUACCAUCACUCGUCCUGAUCUCUCCUAUGCUGUUAAUCAGGCCAGUCAACACUUACAAUCUCCUACGCAGUCUCAUUUUCAGUCAGUCAAACGGAUCUUACGUUACGUUAAAGGCACCAUUCAUUUUGGUCUACAUUUUUCCAAGCCUGUCACUACUACACUUCUUGGCUACUCUGAUGCUGACUGGGCUCGCUGCAUUAAAACUCGACGCUCCACCUAUGGUUACUCGAUUUAUUUGGGCAACAACCUUGUGUCGUGGAGUGCUAAGAAACAACCUACUGUAUCUCGUUCUAGCUGUGAAUCUGAAUAUCGGGCCAUGGCUAAUACUGCGGCUGAGAUCAUUUGGCUUACUCACUUACUUCGCGACCUUCAUGCGCUUCCCUCUGUUCGUCCGACUCUGCUUUGUGACAACAAAAGUGCCAUCUUUCUCAGUCAGAAUCCUGUGUCUCACAAACGUGCCAAACAUAUCGAUAUUGAUUAUCAUUUUGUUCGUGAACUGGUGUCUUCUGGUCGUCUUCAUACAAAGUUUGUUCCAUCCAAUCUCCAGGUUGCGGACAUCUUCACCAAGAGCCUUCCUCGUCCGCUAAAGUUUCGCGACAUGCUUCGUGUUGGUCCCCCACCUGUUCGAUUGAGGGGGGGUAAUAGCGUAACAUAA